AUGAAGUUCAAUAGUGGGAUGUUUGCCAAUCUAAGCUGUAAAACAGAUGCUUUGGAAGCUGUGAAACUUGACCCUGCCGUCCUUGAAGCUCAAGUGACUGUCCAUGACAAGGCUAAAGAGAACGGAACGGAUAAAAGUGGAAACCAUGUAAAUCAAAUUAACAGAGGUGUACUUUUUAAUAUUGAAAAGAAAGCGACGCCAACAAACACAGUAAAAGGUUUUGAGAAUAUGAUAUCACAGAACGAAGCGGCGCUCCUGUCGUUAACACCACAGCAACUAGAGCUUUUGAUGCAGUAUGCUGACAUGUUACGUAGGCAGCGAAGUCUAGCUCAGAGGCAUUUAGAAUGUGCGUUUUGUAAAAACAAUGGCCGAUCAUCCAGCUGGUAUACGUCACAUGUGCUGAAAGACGGGCGCGGUCGGGUUCAGUGUCCGGUACUACGCCGGUACCGAUGCCCGCGAUGCGGUGCCACAGGCAACUACGCUCACACUAUCAAGUAUUGCCAUGACAACUCCCUAAUAGAUACACUGAGUAGCUGUUCCGGAAGUCUGUUUUAA